CAUUAAAAACCUGAUUUUACGCGAACUCGACACAACUACAUCCUAAUACAUGGUGUUACUAUAAACAGUUCAGUGUCGAGAUCGAAACUGAGUAGUGGUCGACUUGUAUCGUCGAUAGUGACUGCGGUCGUGUUUAUAUGUAAUUAUAGUUCAAGUGGAGGCAGUCACCGUCAUGCUGUCGAAGUGGCCACUCGUCCUACCAGUCUGCUAUUUGAGCGCGAUCAUCCUUUGGAUAACCGGGUCGACGGGAAUAUACAUAACGAACUUGAACGAAGCUUGCUACAACUGCCUCUGUUAUGUAUCCACCAAAUGCGACCUCAGCCACGACUGCACCGGUGGCUACUGUGGACCCUUCAACAUAUCCAGGGUCUACUGGGUUGAUGCCGGGAUGGUCGUGUUCCCAGCGGACGACCCUGAAAGGAACCAUGCUUGGAAGGACUGCGCCAGGGAUUAUAACUGCGCUAAGUCUAUUAUCGAAGGUUACCUGAUAAAAUUUGGCAGGGACUGCAACGGCGACGGUAUCACCAACUGCUUCGACUACAUGAUGGUGAACGGCAACGGUGGUUACGGGUGCACUGGCAACCUCAACCGCAGCGCCAACGGGAGAAGGUGGCUACAGCGGUACACCGAGUGUAGAUUGUAGCAUUUACUCAGAUAGUAACGAUUAAAUUUAUGUUUCUUAUUUUA